AUGAUCAUAUGGAAAGGCACUCGCAUCAUUGGCUGUGCGACGAGAUGCUUCAGCACAUCUUCCCGCAGGACUGAGAUCCGUCAUCUGUCCGAACUGCCUGAGCGCGUUCAGCCCACGUUCAAAGAGACGAGUAAUCACGACCUACUCUCGCUACGAUGGCCUUCCCCACCUCGCAAUAUUCUGGUCGUGCGGAAAGACAAUGACGAUGAUGCCCUUGAGGCCGUCUUGGAGUUCGGACACCACAUUCGCUCGACCUAUCCCGACAUCUCCCUCAUCUUCGAGCCCUAUGUUGCAGAAGAGCUGCAUAGGAACUUCGACUUCCCCAUCUAUGCGGCGAAUGGCAAGGAGAAUGCUGCAUACCAAGAGAAGGUGGACCUGACCUCGACGUUUGGCGGCGAUGGUACAAUCCUCCACGCUGCAUCCCUCUUCGCCACUGCUCAGAGUGUACCUCCCAUUCUAUCUUUCAGCAUGGGUACAUUGGGUUUUCUGGGCGAAUGGCGGGUCGGCGAAUACAAGCGUGCGUUUCGUCAGGCCUACGUGUCCGGAGCGCCAGGCCCUCUCCACGCGAAAAGCACCGACGACCCCGACCACACCUCCAACCCCUUGCGGCCAGGCGCGUUGCAGGCUUGGUCGAACAUCAAAGGCAAGUCUAUGGGCCACACGCGAAAUUCCCGGAUUCUGAUGAGGAACCGACUGCGUGUGGGGCUCUUUGAUGAGAAUGGCACCCGGCUACCGCAUGGGCCUCCCUCUGCCUACACCAAUAACCCGGGCGAAGAUGUUUUCGCUCUGAACGAAGUACUGCUACAUCGUGGAUCCCUGCCCCACCUGGCACACAUUACCAUCCUCAUUGGAUCACCUCCUCACCAGCGCACCCUCACUACCGCCAUCGCAGACGGCUUUCUCAUCAGCACCCCGACGGGAUCGACAGCGUACAGUCUGUCGAGCGGUGGGAGCAUCGUCCACCCUCUCGUCAGCUCUCUCCUCUUGACACCCAUAUGUCCCCGAUCACUCUCCUUUCGACCUCUCGUUCUUCCCGCGAACACUCCCAUCACCUUGCGCAUUGACGAGGAGAACCGCGGCAAGGAAAUCGAGGUCUCCGUUGAUGGUGCUCGACGACAGACGGGCCUCAAGACAGGCAUGGAGGUUAGGGUGGUGGGGGAGGAAGUCCGGUCUCCUGGUGCUCCUGGCUCACGCGAAUGGGCGGGUGGAGUGCCGAGUAUUGUCCGCAGUGGCGGCGCUGCUGAUGGUGAGGACCACUGGGUGGGAGGACUGAACUCGAUGUUGAAAUUUAACUAUCCCUUUGGUAAUGGAUGA